AUGACCCCAAGAGCCAGUGCUGCUCCCCUUCUUGCAGCCACAUUAGAAUCACCCAAUAAGGAUAGAUGCUUACUCAUAAUAUCAGGCGUAAUAUUGUCUCUCGUUGUAAGAAGGUAAGCAGGAACAAAGUGCUUUAACGCACUGACUGCAGAAUUCUGAACAUAGACCAUUAUUUCAGUAACCAAGAAAAAGAGAUGUCACACAGGAGAAAAAUAUGCUAAACAAAAUGCCUUGUGAAAACUAGACCUGUAUCUGAGCAUUAGGGUGCCUCAGAUUCUCAUUCAGAGUCUCAAGUAAAACCCCUUUAAGCUUGUUAGGCAAGAAUAUGCUUGCUAGGGAGAUACACUCAAUAAACCGCGAAACAGAGGAACGCAUCAUCUCUCCACCCUUUCCACGAUAUAGACGAGCUUUCUCAAUAGCAGGGACUAUACCAGAUAUAGUCUUCUGUUUAUCUGUGUACAAAGGUACGGUUAUUGAUAUUUAUAAUCGCAACGAUAUAAGAAUUAGAGUAAUUUUUGUUAUUUAGUUUCACAAGGCCACUUUUGGGAGGCUCUGUGACUGUAUAUCCUAAUAAAAAAAGGUAGAAAUCAUUCACAACAGAUACAUGGUCAUUUUCUCAGAUUUUAAAUUACAAGAAUCUAUCUCAGAUAUCAAAGAAAAAAUAAGAUGAAGUAUAUAAAGUCGGUUCUCGGACAAACAAUAUCAGAUAACUGGUUAGGAUAACGUUCCAGCUCCAAUGAUGACAGGUGAGAAAAGUUGGAUAAGCAACUUUUAUGAUGUUAGUUGUGACAGUAUUUUCAGUUAGUCUGACGUUAUUGUUAGUUCAAUAUUAGUUCGAUGUAUUGGAGAAUUUGAUAAAGACUCAAACAUGACUAAACUAACGCCCAAUCUUUCAGCUAACGACUUCACGGUACGUUAAAAAGAGAAGCAACCACAUAUAAUAAAAGAACAUUCAUAGGAACUUUAGACAAUUAAUACAGUGACGGUUUAUAGGAAAGGGAGAUACUAAAAUGA